ACCGAAAUAUGUCGCGAGAAAAACAUCAUUAGUCAGUUGGAUUAUAUCCCAUCGAUUUACUGUUAAAAUGUGAAAGCUUGUGCUUCUGAACGUUAGAGCGUUAACACUGGCUGUGCUAAUAUGGCUGUAGACGAUGUGCUCUAGGAUGUUGAGGACUAUUUAGAAAUUCUCUAAUACUUCAUGUUGCUAUCACCGCCCCUCCAGGUGAGGACAGGAGAUUAACGCAAGCAUCCCCUACAGAAAAACGAAAAAACUUCCGGGUGUGUGUGACUUUUUUUCCUCGUUCUUGAUUUUGCUUCACAACUUUUUAAUUAGUCCAGUUUUCAGCUUGUAAGGUUUAAAUAUGCGGAGCUGACGGCGGGGAAAAAAGCAGAAGCCCGGAAGAAGAAAAAGCAGAGUUUCUUUUAAAGCUGUGAAGUAAAAGAGGAGCGAGGGAGGAAGAGGAGGAUGGCCGUGGUGGAGCAGAGAGGAAGUGUCACCGUGGCGUCCGCUGUCACAGAGGAGGAAAUUCCUCCAAAGGAAGCAAACGGUAAUGGCAGCCACGCCAGCAACGAUGUUACUGCCCCCACAGCUGAGACCACUCCAGAUGUUCCAGAGGAACAGAAGCAGAGCAAAGGUUUCUCACUCACACCUGAGAUACCCCAAGGUGUGGUGAUUCAAGGUAACAACAGCAACCCUGCCAGCGAGAAGUUCAGAAGAGUUCGCAACUGGAGCAUCACCAAAUAUAAGUAUACCAGGCAGGCUCUUUCGGAGAAGCUUGGCCGUGGGUCUCGUACCGUGGAUCUGGACCUGGAGCCCCGCCUCGAGCUGCUCAAAGACGACCGACAGCGCUAUGAAAAUAUGACCAGUCUGGCUCAGACGCUUGCCAGUCAGCUCUCUCAGCUCACAGUUACCCAGAAGAACCUCGGGGAUGCCUUCACAGAACUCAGCGUCAAAACCCCAACUCUGCACCUGGAGUUUGGCAUAAAUGCAGACGCUCAGAGGUUUCUCUCCAAGAGCGGCGAAACGCUGACGGAAGCCAUCAACGCCUUCACAUCUGACAUGAACACACUGGUCAACAAAACCAUUGAAGACACAAUGAUCAAUGCUAAGCAGUAUGAGACUGUCAGGAUCGAGUAUGAUGCGUUCCGUGUCGAUCUGGAGGAGCUGAACAUGGGCCCCCGUGAUGCUGUCACCGUGCCCAAACUGGAGCAGGCCCAGAAAGACUUCCAGACUCAGAGGGAGAAGUACGAGAAGCUCCGAGACGACCUGUCAGUCAAAGUCAAGCUGCUGGAGGGGAACAAGGUCAAAGUCCUCCGUAAUCAGCUGUGGAUGCUCCACGGCGCCUUUGCAGCUCACAGCUUGUCCUGUCAGCAUUUCCUGGAGAAAAACAUCCAAGAGGCCGGAGAACAUCUCAACAACGUCAGCACCGAUGUCCCCUCCUUCCUGGAAGAAAGUUGACACAGCAAAGCAACAACCAAUAGAGCUGUAAGGCAGAAUCGGAGGGAGUCAGAGGAACAUUUGGCAUUCAUGGAUUCUCUGUGAGAAAAGUUUGGGAGUACUCAGCUAGAAAUGUUUAAUGUGAUUAAUUCAUUUAUACCAGAGUGGAAUUUAAUUUGUUAGAUUUGGGAUGAAUUUCCAGCCUCACAAAGAGCUCUGGAAACAAAGUUGAGUGUUCGCUACAGAAAAUUGGGAGUUAGCAAAAAUAAUUUAUUUGGGAUGUAGAAAGGGUUUCAUGGGUUCUGGUGUAACUCAUGGAGGUGUGGAAAGGCUCAAAAUGUGAGUCUGUAAUAAGUCUUAAAAAUAAUUCUGAUUUAAGAGAAAUAUCAUCUCAUUCAUUCAGUAAAAUGCAUUUAUUCAUAGACAUACAAACAUUUGCACUCUCCUGGGUUUCUUACCUCUGUUUCAGUGUGUUGGGGAGUAAAUCCAUCUAAUCCUCCAGGAGUCAGUAAGCCUUUCUUUGAACUUCCAAAAUCCUCAGCCACUGCAGUCACAAGCUCACAGCUCCCGAAAGUGCCUCAACACCACUGCUGGAAAACAGUUCCAUAGUCAAAAAAGGCUGCUACAGUUCUCUUGUCUCUACCAGCAACAUUAAGCAAAUUAAAUCUGAGUGUCAAAUAUCUGAAGAUAUCAGCAGAAUCUAACUGGUGUGAAAAUAUCAGCUAAUUGUUUUGGGGGUUUUUGUCAUUUUCAACUUCUGUUGAUGCUGAAACCUAAACCUAAAGCAAUUCAGUAACCUUUGGAUUUGAUGUGCGUAUUUGUAUAUCGAUAAAAACCAAAAUGCCAAACUCAAAUCCAGCAACUGGUUACGUGUGAUUCAGAUUUUGUGUUUUUUUUUUAUUUUGACUGCUGAAGAAUGGCCACCUGCAAAUGUAGCUAUCACAGUAUCACUGUUCUUGGCUGGUUGCCACUUUCUUCUAUGGUUUACAUCACAAGCAACUCUGUCACCUCUAAAGGUCAGUCACAACAAAACAGUGAUCGUGAUGUCGAUAGUGAGCGUUGGUUGUCAGUAUGCCACAGAUUUAGGUUUAAACCCCUGGUCUGAUUGGCUGUUGGUCAUGUUCUUCGCUUGUUCACGGUGCAAAAACAUGUUGGUCCAAUGGUUGGCUAAUAGCCAAAAAUGUUGGCGUUUAUCUAGUAUGUUAGCACUGCUUGUUGUUUAAUACCAAUCUUUCAGGCUUCACCAGUAAAAAGGUUUUCCUUUUUAUUUUGGACGUUCACUUUAAGAGUUGCACAUUAAUAAAAGUUGUAGAGUUUUUAAAUAAAUAACCACACAGGCACUGUUUUUUUUUUUUUUCAGUAGGAUUCAUCUUGCUGUGUGUUGGUCAUAAUACAUUGUUUGUUUUUUAGAGAAAGACAGACUUUUAGGGAACAUUCGAGCAAAGUGUUUAAUGGGUAAAGCUGUAAAAAAAGUUUUACUAUAUGUCGACCAUGGUGCCUUAUAAGUAUAGAAAUGUUGGCUAAAAACAACUUUCCAGCAAUAAUUAACCAUCAGCCAAAUAUUAGAGUUGAACUAACACUCCUAUUAAUGUACAGGUUCCUGCACACUUCUGUUUUAUUAUUUUCAUCUGUAAGCUACACAACCAAAUAAAGACUAAUGAAACCAGUUAAGUUCCAGGUUUAGGCUGUUUACUUUCUGAGCUCAAGAAAUUUUUUUUGGUGAGGAAGGGUCAGCUGAAGUUAGCAUUUUCGGGGGCGACUCGGGAGCCAAUGCACUACUUUUAUAUUCGUAGAUAUGCAUUAUUUGAGGAUGAUGAACACAUUUGCUACCUUGUUGUUUUUGUAUUUUCCCAAAUGAAACCAAAAAUUUGGGGACUCUUCCAUUGAUGGACAAAAAAGCAGAUGAAAUGGUAAAAUUGUGUUGAAAUAAUAUUGGGGGGGUUUGAUUUGCUCGUGCCUGUUCCUGUUAUUUUCUCCAUCUACCAUAUUUUCUUGCGCACUUUGCACUCUAUCCAAACCAUAGUCUGCCAUAUGCAUUACUCAUAAUAUUGUAGUAAUCUUCAUUGAAUGACUCCCUUAUGUUAUGUUGGCAUGUAUGAAUACUCUUAUGUUUGUGUCUGUAUACCUCAACAAGACCAAAUAUGCAAUGACUGUAAGAUGCAGUGCAAUAAUGUCCCAACGACCUUCUUGCAUGUAAAUGUGUAAACUGCCAGUGACUUGAGUUCCCCUUUCCUGAUUUAUCUGUGACUUUAAAGGGAAUUUCCACUGGGUGUAAACUGAUACUCCUGUGAUGUGUUUGGUGACCAAAAUCACUUUCAGGCUCGACAUCUUUAAGAAAUGGUUUGGUUUGACUUUAGAUUGUUAGAUGAAACCGUGCAACAUUCUGAUUGUUUUAAAUUAUAUUUUGAGCUUGAAUCCACACUUUUGAUCCAAGCUCAUUACUUCUUGUUUGUGUGUGGUGAAUAUAUUGAUUGACUGCUAAUUUAUUUUUCGACAAUUUAAAAAAAAAAAGAGUAGUUUGAAAAGUAAUCUUAUCUCAAGGUCCAUUUACUAGAUUAUUUUUCUUGAGCUUUCAGUUGCAUUUGGGAGAACACCUUAAUAUUAGCUUAAAGAGAGGUUUCUGGGAUUGCGCAGUCAUCAGUUGUAGGAAAUCUGCAAGACAAAGUUGAAAGCUAAGGAGAAAAUCUAAUAAGAUGACCUUGAGUUUGUUUUUGUGGGUUUGUAUUUGUGUAUUUUUUUUUCUUUCAUUAAGUCAGAUGGUGGUUACACCCAACUUGCCAAAUCUAAUAUGUCUAGAAAAGAUAAGCCACAGUCUUUGAAUUGACUGAAUUGAGUCGACUUUGUCUGCUUGUUUUUUACUGAAGCAGAAAGAGUUUGGGGUUUUCACCAGGCAAAUGAAAGUUUGGGGAUAUUUUUUUUUCCCCCAACACCACCACAGUUUGUUGUCAACUGGCUUUGUUUCAGCAGUUUGAUUAUCAGUCAGCUUUUUCUCAGGAUUUUACCCACAGGGCUAAAGUAAAACUGAAAGUGAAAAUAUAAAUUUUGCUUUUUAUUAGACGUGAAGAAAAAGGACCAAAAUGUAUGUAGACACAAGGCAAAAUUAUUUUACUCUGUAUUUGUUAAUAAACCUAUGAAAUAAAAUCGAUGAGU